AGAUUUUGGCAAUAGAACUUGGGUAAGUCUGCCUUGGAGUAGCUGAGGCUUGUGUGGUGCCUCAGCUGCUGGAGCUGAGUUUUGUGGUUAUUCUGCUGUCAUGUAUCUGAGUGUAUUAUUUGUAUGAAGAUUAUUUGCUCUUGCCUUCCUGAUAGUUUAUGAAUUAAUUUUGACAUUAUCUGUUACACUUAACACAGAUGUAGCUGUAUUGAGCAGUCUUAGGCUGUUAAAAAUUACUGUUAAUGUGAAUACUGAAUCACAGAGAUAAGGCUUUGAAAUAAGGUGGGGAAAUGCUGCUGCUUUAUGCAUGGUAUAAUUAAAAAAUAGUGUCUUUACAGCAGCAGUGUGUUGAGCUUUUAAGUGUCCUCCUUGUUUCCAAUAAAUAAUGUUUAAUGCCAGUUAAUACCUUUUACUCUUGUGUCUAGCUCUGCCUGUCUUGCUCAUGGUGAUGGAAAAAUGCUUCAGCUUUUCUCUCCUGGGACCUGCUUUUCACUCAGAACUAAUGUUGCCUUGCUCUUUUUCUGCUUCCCACUCGUCAGGAUUUGGUGGGCUUGAAACUGCAAACUCCACUGCCAGUGGGUUUAAUUUUGGGGGUUUCGGAUUAACUGCUAAUCCCGCGGUGAAUUUUAAUAUUGGGAAUUUCGGUGUUUCCACUACCUCAACUCCACCUUUCAAUUUUGGUAACAGUCUGGCAAGCGCAGGUGCCUUUGGAGGCUUUGGGACCACCACCACCAGCGCGGCACCGGCGUUCAGCUUCUCUGCUCCCACCAACACCGGCACCGGCGGACUCUUUGGUGGUACCCAGAACAAAGGCUUUGGAUUUGGUACCAGUUUUGGCACAGGAACUGGAACCGGCUUGGGUAGUGGGUUGGGAACUGGGCUAGGCUUUGGAGGCUUUGGAACCCAGCAGCAGCAGCAGCAGCAGACCACAUUAGGCACUGGGCUGUUCAACCAGCCUGCCCAGACCCCUGCUCAGUCCAACCAGCUCAUCAACACAGCCAGCGCCCUCUCGGCCCCGACACUGCUGGGAGAUGAGAGGGAUGCCAUUCUGGCCAAAUGGAACCAGCUCCAGGCCUUCUGGGGCACGGGCAAAGGGUACUUCAACAACAACAUCGCUCCGGUGGAGUUCACGCAGGAAAACCCCUUCUGCAGGUUUAAGGCUGUGGGUUACAGUUUAAUGCCCAACAACAAAGAUGAAGAUGGCCUCGUGGUCUUGGUGUUUAACAGAAAAGAAGCAGAUAUUCGAAGCCAGCAGCAACAGCUCGUAGAAUCACUACACAAAAUUUUGGGAGGAAACCAGACCCUCACUGUCAAUGUCGAAGGUGUUAAAACAAUGCCCGAUGACCAGACAGAAGUGAUCAUUUACAUUGUGGAGCGCUCCCCCAACGGCACCUCCAGGAGAGUUCCUGCAACGACCCUCUAUGCCCACUUCGAGCAAGCCAACAUCAAAUCAUCCCUGCAGCAGCUGGGGGUCAGCCUGUCCAUGGCCAGGACAGAGCUGUCCCCAGCACAAGUCAAGCAGCUCCUGCAGAACCCUCCUGCUGGUGUUGAUCCUAUUAUAUGGGAACAAGCCAAAGUUGAUAAUCCCGAUCCUGAUAAGCUUAUUCCUGUGCCAAUGGUGGGUUUCAAGGAACUGCUGAGAAGAUUGAAGGUCCAGGAUCAGAUGACCAAACAGCAUCAAACUCGAUUAGAUAUAAUAUCAGAAGAUAUCAGUGAGCUGCAGAAAAACCAAACAACAACUAUGGCAAAAAUUGCACAAUACAAAAGGAAACUGAUGGCGCUUUCGCACAGAACCUUGCAGGUGCUAAUAAAGCAGGAGAUCCAAAGGAAAAGUGGUUAUGCCAUUCAAGCAGAUGAGGAGCAGCUUCGUGUACAGUUGGAUACAAUUCAGUGUGAACUUAACGCACCCACACAGUUCAAGGGCAGACUGAAUGAGCUCAUGUCCCAGAUCAGGAUGCAGAACCACUUUGGAGCAGUGCGGGCUGAAGAGCGCUAUUACAUAGACGCAGACCUUUUAAGGGAAAUCAAGCAACACCUGAAGCAGCAGCAAGAAGGGCUGAGUCACCUAAUCAGCAUCAUCAAAGAUGAUUUGGAGGACAUCAAGCUAAUAGAACACGGGCUGAACGAGAGCAUUCCCAUCCGAGGGGGAGUCUUCAGUUGACUGGUGGAGGUUUACACAGAACAUGGUAGUGGAGUUCAUGGCUCACCUUCCAAGGCUAAAACUGUUGAGGUAAAAUAAAACACAUAUCUUGUAGGAGCAAAAUGGUAUUUUGUCUGUUACUUUUAGAAUUAGCAAAGCCUCUUCUAAGCUUUUAAAAUUGACCUUUGGAAGGUUUAUAUUUUAUAAAGCUGUAUAUGCUUUAACAAAAGAAGGAAAACUGAAUCUGUUCAGAUACCAUUUUACUACAAAACUAUAUGUACUAUUGUACAUUUUUUUCCUUUUUUCUUCUUUUUUUACAACAGCAUUGUCCUAAAAAAUGCAGUGCUGAGGGGAUUGUUUCACUAAUGACUCAGUUUGUGGAAAGCUUAGCCUGCUUCCAUGUUUCUGUCAGAACAAUCAAGUAGCACCAUUGUGUAAACAGCUAACUAAAAUCAUUACAGAGAUGUUUGUUGCUGUAACUGUGUUGUUCUCUGCAAUACCAGUCAAUUACUGGGGCAAGCUGCAGAAAGUUCAUGUUUCUGGUUUCUGUCCUUCCUUUGGAGUGCAAGGAUCUGAAGGUUAUGUUUUGAUCACUUUACAUAUAUGAAUUAUACAAAGCUUCGCUGCCCCUCUAAGUAACAGUAUGUCUGGACGUUGUCUUCUGCCUUUUUUAAGAUCACCCAAAAGUAAUAAAUUCAGUCUGACUUUGUAAUAA